AUGCUAUCCAUCCUCCUGCAGAAACAUCGAGAGAAGAACCGCAGUGUGCAUCUUGCUUUUCUCGAUCUCGAGAAAGCUUUCGAAAGUGUCCCACAUGAGCUGUUAUGGAUAUCCAUGAGGUCGCAUAGAGUACCAGAAGAAUAUGUGCGGUGGACGAAGCUGCUUUAUGCGAAGCCUACCAGUGUUGUACUGUGUGCUGCUGGAACAAGCAGGCCAUUCCCUGUACAAGUAGGGGUUCAUCAGGGUUUAUCCCUCUCACCUCUGUUGUUCAUACUGUGCAUGGACACGAUAACGAAGGAAAUCUAG